AUGGGCAAGAAGAAGAGCACCAGUGCCUCAGACGUGGCCAAAGUCAGCCGUGACUGCAGCGCCUCCGCCAUAUCCAACCGUGACGUGAACAAGCUGCAAGCUCUCGAUCUCAUCUCCUCAUCUGAGGACGACAUUCGUCUCCCAGAGGAUGAUGAUGAUGACUCCGAGGAGACCGAGGGCGUCCAGCAUGUCCUUGAAGACAGUGACGUCCAAGAGGAUGAAGCUGCCGAAGAUGAUGCCCUCACCCGGAGCAGGCGGCAUAAACAGAUAAACGAGGACCUUAUUACAACGGCUGAAUCAAGUCCUAGCGGACAAGAUAAUGAUGCCGAUGAUACCGCACCGCCUUCCCCUGUUGUGAAAAGUUUGACAGGCUUUUUUGCUGCCGAAGACGAUCUGGACCUAAGCUCUGACGAUGAUGACGACGUUCCUGUUGCAAAGAGGGCUAAGUUAUUUUCUGGGAAGUCCGAGUCAGCUAAAGAAUCGAUCCCCUCGCCUCCAAUUUAUGCCACGGUUGACGCUGUGGUAGAUUUUGCCGAGCAGUUCACCCGACUAGAGUCUGAAAAUGCUCAUCUUCGGAAGGUCAUCAAAACUUCAUCUGACCAGGUGCUGGAGGCCAACAGGCUUGCUGCCAAUGCUAAAAACGAAAACACCUCGCUGAAGGAUGAGUUGAAAAGGCUGAAGCGACAGAUGAAGGACGAACAAGAUGCCAAGCGCGAGGCUACAGCCGCAGCCGAUAAAAAGGAAGGCGUCCUUCGUGAAUCCAUCACGAAUUUAUUGGGUUGCUUAUCUGCCCUCUUCCAGGUGCUACCGACAUAA